AUGAUGUUGCCUGGGCAGGACAGCCACACCUCAUGCGUGGGCUCAGCAAAGGUCCGAGUGGAUACGGGUCUGACAAAUAUGGGUGUGCUCCAGCUCCACAAUCCCACUCACCCCAGCACGCUUCUGCAGCGUGCCAAUCAGAUGCGUCUGACCGGCACCUUGUGUGAUGUCAUCAUCACGGUGGACGGCCAGGAGUUCCCGGCGCACCGCACCGUCCUGGCCUGCACCAGCAAAAUGUUCGAGAUCUUGUUCCACCGCAGCAGCUUACGCUACGCCCUGGACUUCCUGUCCCCCAAGACCUUCCAGCAGAUCCUGGAGUACGCCUACACCGCCUCGCUCCAGGCCACAGCCGAGGACCUGGAUGACCUGUUGUACGCCGCUGAGAUCCUGGAGAUCGAGUACCUGGAGGAGCAGUGCCUGAAGGUGCUGGAGACCAUCCAGGCGGAAGAGAGCGAGGAAGUGGCGGUGAAGACUCCCACCUCCGGAGACCACAGUGACCACAGCAGGGCCAGGCACUGGAGGCACAUGUUGAUGUCCAAGAAGCAUUCCAUACAGGAUGGACCCAACCGCAUCAGUCCCACCGCUCUACACCACCUGGCGCUCUACCACAUGACGGAGGGGAGCUCUCCUGGCUCAGAGCCCAAGACGGCUCCUGAACUGAGCCCCAAGUUGGACACGGAGGUAGACAUGGAGAGCUCCCAGCAGCCUCAGCGUGGCAGUUCAGAGUUAUCCCAAGCCUCAAUCCUGGAUCCUGGCAGAAGUAUAAAAUCAGAGAGCAUGCAGGUGGAUGAUGCCAACGGCUGCGAGGGCAGGUCCUCCAGCACUGGAGAGGGAAGCUGCAUGUCAGACCAGCCCAGAGACGAGGGCCCGGGGACGCCCCUGAGAGGCAGCGUGAUCACCAGCGCUCGGGAGCUGCACAUAGGCCCAGAAGACGGAGGACAAGUGGUGGGGAACUCCCUCGACUGUUUCCCCGGGAUCUCUGAGAAACAUCUGGCCUCCAUAUACUCUGUGCCCUCCAACCACGCUGGGGAGGGGAUGCUGCCAGUGUCUCUUUCAGUGGCCCCGUCCCUGGGCGUGCCGCUGGACCCGAGGGCCUACAGCGGCCUCCUGCACCAAGGCUUGCUGCACAGGGAGCUCCUCAGCAGGCUGGGCCAGUUUGCAGCAGGGAUGAGGCACGAGGGCCAGGCUCAAGGCCAGCAGUGCUGUGGCGAGUGUGGGCUUCAGCUGCACAGCAGGCAGGCCAUGGAGCAGCACAGGAGGCUGCAUAACGAGGAGAAAGGCCACGGCUGUGAAUACUGUGGCAAACACUUCCAGGACAGCAUGCGGCUAAGGAUGCACAUGCUGUCUCACACAGCUCCUGCAGAGGCGCUGGUGUGUGAUCAGUGUGGAGCGACAUUCUCCUCAGAGGAUGCUCUGGAAGCCCACAAGCAAACACACACAGGGACUGACAUGGCGGUGUUCUGUCUGCUGUGUGCAAAGCGCUUCCAGACCCAGAAGGCCCUGCAGCAGCACAUGGAGGUCCAUGCAGGCAUGCACAGCUACAUCUGUAGCCACUGCGAGCGCCCCUUCCCCAGCCACACGACCCUCAAAAGACACUUGCGCUCGCACACUGGCGAUCACCCGUUUGAGUGUGAAUUCUGCGGGAGCUGUUUCAGAGACGACGGCACGCUGAGGGGCCAUAAACGCAUCCACACAGGAGAGAAGCCUUAUGAGUGCAACGGCUGUGGGAAGAGGUUCAGCCUCAAACACCAGCUAGAAACACACUACCGUGUCCAUACGGGUGAGAAGCCAUUCGAGUGUAAGCUGUGUCACCAACGUUCCAGAGACUACUCGGCUAUGAUCAAGCACCUGCGCACUCACAACGGAGCGUCUCCGUACCAGUGCACCGUCUGCCAGGACUUCUGCCCGAGCCUGGCCUCCAUGCAGAAGCACAUAAAGGGCCACAAGCCAGAGGAUGUGCCAGCGGACUGGAGGAUAGAAAAGACUUACCUGUACGUCUGUUACGUCUGAGCAGGACUUAGACCCCCCCCCGCACACACACUGUCACUGUUGGGUGAAAACCUCGUAACUCCAGUGUUGCUGUUUUUUCAUGCUGAAAGAUUACAUGUCUCUCUCUAUAGGUUUAAAAAAAAUAAUAUUUCAGACUCUUUUUGGAUAAACUGAAAAAAAUACAUUGUGGUAAGUUGUCAUUCUGGGAGAUACAAGGUUGUUACCUGACAACUAAGACACGCAAGCACGAAUACAAAUGUGUGUACACACUAGGGCUCCAACUAAUCUUUAGUUUCAUUAUCAAUUAGGUAAUUUUUACUACUAAGUGAUGAACCGUUUAGUAUGAGAAAUGUCAUAAAAGUAGUCACAUUUUGGUGACAAGGGGACGGACAUCUUGAAAUAACUGCUGUUAGGUCGUCCGACCGACUGUCCAGUCUGAAGAGAUUCAGUUUACAAUGAUACAAAACAGUGAAGAGCAGCGAAUUGUCACAUUUUGAGAAGCAGGAAACCCUGAAUAUUUAGCAUUUCCCCCCGAGAAAUUACUUCAACUCAAAAAUUCUUGCCGACUUAUUAUUUCAGCCCUCGUGCGCAUAAACAUACACACACUCUCCCUCUCUUCCUCACACACACAGUUUAGCUAUUCACUGCGUCUCUAAUGGAUCCACUGUGGUUUAAAGUGAAAGCCACAAUGGCUGUGACUGCUGACCUGUAUAUGUAGCUGGGGCUUUUCGAUUGAUUGAUUGAUUGAUUGAUUGAUUGCUGAACCAUCAGGCAACCCGAGUCAUCUUCUCUGAUUGUGCAGUAGACGAAAAUGAUUCCAUGAAGGCUUGAUGGGCUGACAUUUGCAACAUUAGGCAACUUGCCUAAAUUCCUGUGACUUCUAAGUUUUAUUUUCUGCUGUUGGAUUUUAUUUUGGAGUUUUUUAUGUUGCAUGUACUUGAAUGGCUGCCACCUUUUGACCUCAUAAGCUUUAUCUCUUUAAUUGCCUUGUCUUUCUUGCAGUGGGUGUUAUUUUUUCUUUUUCGAGAUAGCUUGCUGACAAUUUGAGUUUCUGUUGCAAUGUAAUAGGUUUUGCUAUUUAUAUGUUGUUUAUUUGUUACCAAAUAUGUGCUGGUUUUCGUCACAGUCUAUGUCAUCUUGGUUGGAUUUUUAGGAGAGAGAGAGAGAGAGAGAGAGAGAGAGAGAGAGAGAGCUCUACCUCUCCUAACUGUUAAACCUACUGCAAAUUAUUCAGUCAUCAGUAGUUCAAAUUUUCUAACAAAUCUAUUUCAAUGGACAAGCAGUGAGUAAAAAAAAAAAACAGCCUCUUUUAUGUGUAGGUUUUUAUUAUUAACUAUAUAUAGAUGUCUUAUAAGAUUACAGAAUCUGAAUUUCCGAGGAGAAAAUUAAAGAGAACGUGAGAAGAAGUUGUUGUUUUUUUUACAAAACCUGAAAAGAAAAAUUCUGACAUUGAAUCACUAUGAGCAGGUUAUUGUCAGUUGUUGUGUAGCUGUAAUGUACAAAUUGUCAUGGUCUGUUAUUCCCUAAUGUGAGCCUAACACAGGCCUUAUAGAUUUAAACAUGUUGUAUUUUUGUAUUACAGUAAUUUGCUAUCUGUUUACAUUUGGUAUGAUUUGAGAAACAUCUUAAUGUGUGUGUUUUAUAAGUCUCUGAUUAAGAUCCCUCCCUUGUGCCUCUUUUAUAAGUAGAGCAUUGAUGUGCUUGAGUACAUGGGUCUGUGCUACUGGUUGUUGUUUCUGGGUGUUUGUUUAUUGUUACUUAAUUAAAGAUAAGACUGCCAUGUACAUCCACUUUGUCUGAACAUUGCAACUGGAAGAAUCAUACUGUGAUUGUGACUGAUCCUCUGAGACGAGUGUGUACUUUUUACAUCACAGUCGCUUGAAAACUUGCAUCAACUUGUUCCCUUCAAAGUGACAAUGGACUGAGAUUUCUGGAUGAAAACAGUGUGUAUAGCAAAUCCCGGCGUCUGUGGGUACUUACCGAUGCCCGCUUAAGUAGCCGACAACACUCAGUGCCAUGAAAACACACAUUCACUGUAUCUAUUCUACAUGAACAUGCACUAUAAAUGGAUUUCCUUGGUGGACCAAAAGAAACAGAGCACUUUUGUUUGAAAAGGGUUUAUUCUUUGAUCUUUCUAUGUUGUGAUAAUGCAGAUGUCCUUUUAUUUGAUGUGUCCUAGAAGGAUGUGAUUAGCAUUGUUUAGAUUAUGUCAAUGUCUGUCUACCUCAGGGCCAGAUCAAAGCUCGACCUGGUAUCCAAUCAGGGUUGUUCCUCUUGCCAUGUGUGCAGUAAAAUCCCUCUUCAUUACAGCUUUGUAACACGGUGUGUGAAAGUGUUUUCUCAGUGUGGAUUCAGGCACAACUCUGUAUGCGUCAGUGUUCGGUGGCAUGGUUAAAAAAAAAAAGAAUAAAACUAUUUACUAUUUUAUGCA